AUGCACGCACCCUUGAAGUCGAAGCCGAGAUUGGGCAUAAUCCUACCACUGUACAUUUACCCGUUGUCCUCGGAAAGCUGGAAGCCACUGUACGACGCUGUCACCGCCCACAAGGAUCUCCAGUUCCUUGUCAUUGUCAAUCCGAAUAGCGGACCAGGCACAACACCCUUGCCAGACGAGAACUACCUCCGAGAGUUGGCCGUCCUCAACGCACAUCCAAACAUCAUCACUCUUGGCUACGUCUCCUCCAGCUAUUGUCGUCGCUCACUGCAAGCCGUCUGUAGUGAGAUCGAGGUGUAUGCAAGCUGGACUAGCUACCAAGAAGGGAAAAUUCAGGUGCAGGGCAUUUUCCUAGACGAAUGUCCAGAUUGGUGGCAGAAAGACGCCAACAGUACCUACCUGCAUGCAGUUCAAAGCUGUACGGAGGCGGCCUUUGCGAACGCAUCAGUGAUCAUCCAUAAUCCAGGAGCCAGGCCGGCGCCACUUCCGCAGCGUGUGCGAACCACGGCCACGAUCAUUCGCGAAGACUCAGCAGCUCGCUUCGCCACCACAGACAUUGCUUGGACCAAAGCAUCGACUCCCAGCGAUCGAGCUGAAUACGCCAUCAUACUGUAUGACGUGCCUCGUGAACAGAUGAUGCACCUGGUGAAGAGUCUGCGAGAUCAAGUCGGAUGGCUCUACCUGACGGCAAGCGCCGGCUAUACGGCGCUAGACUCGCUAGCCGAAUUCUGUGACUUAGUGAAUGCUUAG